CCUACGACGGCAUGAAGGGCAAUAACUUUGUUCGCUAUGACAAGAUGUGGUACAAGGGUGUGAGCUUCACCAGCGAGGCGUGCGCUCUCAUCUACCUGGUGGAUACAGCCGGGACGCGCACCACAACCGACACUUUCACCGAUCUGACCAAGGACUACACCCUGGCAGUGUUCUAUGAUGACUCGCGCCAUGGUCCCUCUUAUAUGGCUGAAGCCCAUGACGUGAUUGCCAAUUCAGCUUACACCUGUACCGAGGAUGGCACUGAGAUCUAUGACAUAAACGGAUUUCGCAUCACCCAGGCAGCCGAUGGCCUGGUGAAGGUCACUCGUGUGGACAACAAGUGCUUGAUUCGCACCAGUCCCGGCAAUGGAUCGGCCACUUUGACCACACCUGGCAUCCAUUGCACUGCCUCUCUGGGAAAGACCUCGCAUCUGUUUGUUCGUCGCAAUGAGAAGCGCAUGCACUUCGAUGGAUCCUGUUUCAUUGUACGCAACGCCGGACACUCCGCCGGCUUCAAUGAGAACAACCUGCUCAUUGUCUACUAAGCGGCGUUCGUAGUCCGGAGAUAGAAACGGCGCAGUGGUAGCCCAUCCCACACGCACACACUCACACAUGUCAACACAUUUCACCUGAAACACAAACAUGGA